CAUUAUGGGGUUACAACAGUAUGCAGCUGCUAUAUGUUGGUAUGGUGGAUGACAAGAAGAUUUAAGGGAAUCUUUCUGAGCUGACUAUUGAGUCUCCACAGCAAAUAUUUCUGACAGUUCCAUAAUGAUCUUAUGCAUGGAGCUCUUGACUUCUUUCACCUACUUCUCCUCCUCCACCCCAGCUGUUGUCCCUCUCUCACUUCCAUCCUACCUUUUUCUGUAUAUCAUCUGCUCUUUCUUCCUCCUUGGGAUUUCUAUUUCCUGUCCCCUCUCUUCUUCCCUGUGAUUCAGCUCCUCAGUGGCGACAACACUACUGCCUGUGUCAGCCAGCGCUUCCAGCCCCAUUCCAGCCAGGAAAAGCUGCUGCUGGAGGUUGCCGUAUCCUGCAGAGAGCCAAAUGUGCGUGUGUGUGUAAUAGUACGAGCGUACGCAGAUGGGAGAGCAAGUGAGUCAGGAAGGGCUGCCUCUCAUCUCUCCACUGUCAUCACCAUCUUUCCCUCUCCCUCCUCUUGUUCUUCUCUGCCAUGGAGCUCCAACUGGCUGAAUCCAGACGAGAUCCACACAAAGGGCUGAGCAGGUAGAUGCAUUUGAGUGUGUGGCGCUUCCGCCAGGAUGAAGAGUGUGUGUGUGAGGCCAUGGACAUCAGGCUCUGCUGUUGUGUUCUUCAAUACACUGGCCUUGUCCUGGACAGGUGCUAUUGAGCCCGCUCCUAAAAUUGAUGGGUGGCAGCAGGCGGCUGUGACGCUUCAGGAGAACAUGACACACAAGUUUAACUGCCAAUCAGACAGCUGGGAUUCUCGGGCUCCGCCGUUGCUGACCUGGUACCUGAACGGGGAACAGCAGGGGGAGCCGUCGCCAAACCUUGGCCGUCUGGUGAUGACGUCACAAAAAGAUUCUGAGGUCUUAAGACCGGGGACCAAUCACAACAGUACCUUCUCUCUGCGGGCCAGAAAGUGGGACAGGGAGCUGGUGUGCGUUGCAUCAAACCCAAGGACAGGGGAAAGUUACAAUGCAACGGUCACGCUCAAUGUCCAGUUCCAGCCAGAGAUCCUCAGGGUAAAUGCCCACUACAGUGAAACCUCAGACCCCGGCCUCUCCCUGGUCCUGUUCGCCUUGGUACGCUCUAACCCUCCUGCCACCAUCACCUUCGUGGACCAGUCGGGCCAGCUGGUGGCCAAUACCUCUGACUUCCUCAUCCUGGACUCACGGAGCUACCCGUGGCUGACCAAUCACACCCUGAGGGUCACACUGAGCAGUUUAUCAGGGAACUUAACAGUGAAUGCCAGCAACAGUGUGGGAAUGGCUCAGAGCAACCUCACACUGGCAGAGUUCCUGCAGUCUCGCGUGGAGGUUCCCAUGCUGGGAAUAGUUACCGGUGGAGCCAUGGCCUUUAUGGCCCUCCUCAUCCUCAGUCUAAUAGUUCUCUGCCUUAUGCAAAAAAACAAGAGCAAGAUCAUUGAUGAACCAGUGGAGAUCCUGAUGACCAAGAAAAGUGAAUCAGCAAACCUGAAGAUAGACAGAGCAGAUAAGACCAACAUCCCCAGAGAGAACAUGUCUCUGCCUUCCAACAUGCAGCUCAACGACCUCAGCACUCUGAGGAAAGCUCGAGAAGCUGCCCAGCAGAACAGCGUGGGAGAGGAGAAGAAAGAGGAAGAGGAGGAGGAAGAUCUGUCUUUAGCCUACGCAGCAAGAGGUUUUGCCAGGUAUCCGAUGGUGGGCUACAUCUAUAAAGUGAACAGCACAAGCAGCGAGGAAAUCUGGCUCUGACGGACGUUUAAGUAACACUCCAACUGUUUGUGCAUGUAUAACUACGUCUACCAACGCUGCUGUCUGAGAGGAAACGCACUCAGCGAGUCCACCACUAAUCAGUCACCUUCAAGCUGGAAACAAAGUUCAGAGAACAUCUUGUUUUUGGAGACUGUUCUCCAACAAUUGCACAAAACAUACCUUUGAAUGUUAGUCAUGCUGUAAAUCAGGUGCUCAGGCGUCUGUUCUGCUGUUAUAUCGUCUCAUUAAGACUCAUUAAGUCUGUCUCAGUUUCCUGUAACCACUUUCUCAUGAUUUUGACCUUUUGGUUGCGUUAAUGGAAUGCAUUUAAUGUUCUCCGCUAAAAUCAGAACAUUUAUUUGGACAAAUAUAAUAUGAAUAUGCUGGUGCAAAAUUACCGAGUAUAGAACUGUUUAUGGACAUGAUUCAUGUCCCGUCCUGUAUAUUUGUAUGCAUAUGUGUAUAAAAGAGGAGGGGUAUAAUAAAGAUAUUAUUGAGAUUGUAUCCAAGUAAA